CGCGACUGUGCGUGAUGACGUAAGCUGUACGCAGCGCUCUGGCUCUCGGAAGAGAGGAGGCGAGUUAGCUUUCAGAAAACCGGACUAAAAUGAUGCAAAAAACGAGCGUGUAGAUUCCGCGUAACCAUGGAGACCGACGCUAACUCCUUCCACGUGGAGUUCCCGGAUUUUUCCUGCUCGCUCCUGAAGAAGCUGAACCAGCAGCGGCAGAGAGGGCAGCUGUGCGACCUCAUCGUGUCCAUCGGGGGCCAUCAGUUUCGCGCCCACCGCGCCGUCCUGGCCGCCAGCUCUCCGUACUUCUGCGAUCAGGUGCUGCUGAAGAACAGCGCCCGCGUGGUGUUGCCGGACGUCAUGCAUCCUUGCGUUUUCGAGGCGCUGCUGUUGUCGUGCUACACCGGAGGGCUUUCGGUGCCAAGCGGAGAGGUGGUUUCCUUCUUAACGGCGGCUAGCUUCCUGCAGAUGUGGCACGUGGUGGACAAAUGCACUGAGCUCCUGGAAGUAGGAAAGAAAAACCGGAUCGACCACGGAUCGUCUCCUAAAGGUGAUGGUUACGCCACCGAUAAUGAAGACGCCGGUCACGCCGCGGGAGAAGAUCUAGGCGAUUUAGAUCCUGCUUUAGGUCCAGGGGCGCUAGAGAGCGGCGGUUGUUCGUCUCCGGAUGAUCCGAGCAGCGAAAACGGCUCGGAUGCAAUGGAGAACCAGUGCUCUAAACCGGCCUACGUACCGCCGAGCAUCAUGGGACACAGAAAGAAGGUGCAUAUAAAAUCGGAAAGGCAGAAUCGAGACGCCUGCGGCGGCUUGUUCGGCGCCGAACACGGAGCGAACGACUCGGACGAGAACUCCCACAACCCGAACGCGGCAGAGGACUGUUUCGACGAGAAACUGGCGGAGUGCUUGGAUCGGGAUUGCUCUUACGAAGAGCCGCUGGACUUCUACGGGACCUCCAUGGAGGGCUUUUCGCAAGCCUCGGACGAGCUUUCCAACCCGACCUCCAAGCUCGAAGGCGGCGCCGACGUUUCUAAAGAGGAGACGCCGGGCGACGGCGACGGCGGCGGCUUGAAGGAGCAGACCUCGCACUCGGGCUUCGCUUCGGUGGUCUACAAGCUCUACCCGUGCCAGUGUGGCAAAAGUUUCACGCACAAAAGCCAGAGAGACCGGCACAUGAGCAUGCAUCUGGGUCUGAGGCCGUUCGGUUGCGCCGUUUGCGGCAAGAGCUUCAAAAUGAAGCAUCACCUGGUGGGCCACAUGAAGAUCCACACGGGCAUUAAGCCUUACGAGUGCAGCCUGUGCUCCAAACGCUUCAUGUGGAGAGACAGCUUCAACCGACAUACCUCCACGUGUGCGAAGGCCCAUCAGAACCGGCGGGCCUCUCAGAUCUGCUAGUGCUCCCGCGGGAACGUUCGAGGAACCUCAGCACGGAAGCAUCCUUUACCUGAAUGCCAAACUAGCCGCUGCACACAGUAGGGUUAUUUCAAACAAGCACCUCAAUUGGGAACGGAGGCCUUCUGUUCGGUUCGUUCAGGUGUAAAGUAUCGGUCAAGAGUUGGGAAUAAUUACGCCGUUCUCGUGCUCAACAAGGCUGUGUCUAUUUAUCGAAAAACGGUACAAGCGUGAAAAAUUAUUACAAUGUAAAAUGUGAUUUUAAAGCUGAAAUUUCCAGCGUUCGGCGUCACGUGACCCUUCGGAAAUCAUUCUGAUAUACCGAUCUGCUGCUCAAGAAACAUUUCUGAUUAUUAUCCGUGUUGAAAACGUGUGCAACUGUAUACGUUUGCAAAGAUGAAUAUGUUACUAUUAAGAAAGGUUAACGGUAUGAAUACUUUUAUUCAACAAGGAUGCAUUAAUCUAUUCAAAAGUGAUGUUUAGAAUGAGAUUUCUAUUUUAAAAAUUAUUUGAAAUUACUGUUCAUUGAAGAGUUUGGGGGGAAAAAAUGCAAUAUAGUUUCCACAAAAAUUCUAUAUUAUAUUUACAACAUUAAUUAAUUAACAAUACCAUUUUAAUAAAUGAGCGCCAUAAUAAUUUACAAGAAUUGAGCAGAAAAUCAGCAAAUGUUUUUGAAGGAUCGCCUGGAGUAAUAAUGAUUUGCAUUAUAAGAAUACAUUUAUUUCUUUUUUUUUACAUUACAGUAGUUAACAGUAUUAAAAUUUCAAUGCUAUUUCAUAAUUUUUUAUAAUGUAUUUUUAAUUUAAUAAUAAUAAUACAGCCUUGGUGAGCAGAAGAUACAUAGUCAACAUAAAAAAAACCCGUAUAUAAUUUCAAACUUUUGACCGAUCUUCGAUCUACUCACAGAAUGAUUUAAAGUCAACACGUCACGGACUUUAGAUGUUAGCAGAUGUUGAAGUAAAAUGCCAUCUCAUGUUGACUUCGGGGUCGUUCUGAUGUCUCAGAAUGAUAUCUGAAGGAAAACUAUGACCACUUUCUACACAAGAGCCUUGAAUGCUGUCAUAAUAUUCAGGUUUAAAGACUCACUAAGCGCUUUGGAGUUUUAACAAGGUUUAUCUUCUGUAAAUAGAAAUAUUCCCAGAUGCAGCAUUACGCUGGAUUUCGUUUGCUUUAGUUGAGCUGGAUUCGGUGUUUGGCGUCAACUCUAUUGCCGAUCUCUGUAACCGGAGCGUUUCCGAUAGGAUUUCUCAGAGAACAGCGCUUGUUUCAGCUGCUAAUCUGCUCUAAUCCAUUUUAUGCUCUAAAAGUCAACAGAUUUAUUAGGAGGAUUUUGAAGGGGGAAAAAAGUCAAAUAAAAUCUUACAUAAUGCUGCAUUAAUGGCAUUGACAUUUUCAUCUCCUUCUGCAGUGUUCUUGUAUGUGAUGUUCAUUUUGUCAAAAUGUUUCUAUAAUGUGCCAUAAUUGUAAAAUAUUAGAAAUGUCAUCUCUAUAUGGGCGAA